AUGGCCCCCUAUGUAGCAGCCAUGACCUCGGAUCAGCUCCUGGGCCCGCAGAUAUGCAGUCCUAUAGGGGAAGUGAAGGUCUUGCCUGAGGAGGGACGAGGGGAGAAGUCUGCCCCCUGCCCCCAGGAAGUGAUGGACUGCUAUGGCCACGCCCCCUCAAUGACUCACAGCCCCAGCACCGACAGGUGGGUCAGGACACGAACAGACACACACAACACACACACAUACAGAAACACACACAUAGGGAUGCAAGGGAGAGAGAGUGAAACACAGGGAAAGAGAGAGGGAGAGAACACAUGGAACAUGGGGGGGGGGGGGGGGGGGGGAAGAAGAAGAAGAAACCUGUAAAAAUGUUUUACAGCCGUGAUAAGUGGGAUUCAAAUUAUGUACAAUAACAUCCAUUGACUCGCUCUUAUGUCCUCCUUGUCUGUGUCCCAAAUGUCACCUUAUUCCCUAUACAGUGCACUACUUUUGACCAGAGCCCUAUGGUGCAGUAUAAAGGGAAUAGUGUGCCAUUUGGGACUAACCCCUUGACUCUCCAUUUUGCAGUGGUGUAAAGUACUUAAGUAAAAAUACUUUAAAGUACUACUUAAGUUGUUUUUUGGGGUAUCUGUACUUUACUUUACUAUUUAUAUUUUUGACAACAUUUACUUUUACUUCACUACAUUCCAAAAGAAAAUAAUUUACUUUUUACUCCAUACAUUUUCCCUGACACCCAAAAAUACUAGUUACAUUUUGAAUACUUAGCAGGACAGGAAAAUGGUCCAAUUCACACAGUUAUCAAGAGAACCUCCCUGGUCAUCCCUACUGCCUCUGAUCUGGCGGACUCACUAAACACACAUGCUUCGUUUGUAAAUUAAGUCUGAGAGUUGGAGUGUGCCCCUGGCUAUCCGUUUUUUUUAAAAGAAAAAGAAAAUGGUGCCGUCUGGUUUGCUUAAUAUAAGGAAUCUGAAAUGAUUUGUACUUUUACUUUUGAUACUGAAGUAUAUUUAAGCAAUUACAUUUACUUUUGAUACUUAAGUAUAUUUAAAACCAAAUACUUUUAGACUUUUACUCAAGUAGUAUUUUACUGGAUGACUUUCACUUUUACUUGAGUCAUUUUCUAUUAAGGUAUCUUUACAUUUACUCCAGUAUGACAAUUGGAUACUUUUUCCACCACUGCCAUUUUGCCCUGUGUUGACUUUGUCUCUCUGUUGUCCUGCAGUCUGAGCAGGGAGGAGCCAUUCUGUCGUAUCUGCCACGAGGGAGGCGGUGUCGGGGAGCUGCUCUCCCCCUGUGAGUGUGCAGGGUCGCUGGCCAUGGUCCACCGGGGCUGCCUGGAACACUGGCUCACUGCCUCCAACAGCAGCCGCUGUGAACUCUGCCACCACCAGUACUCCCUGGAGAGACUGCCCAAGCCACUCACUGAGGUAGGGGAGAAAGUGUAGGGUGAAAUUACCCCUAAAUGCUGAACUUGGGUCAGUUUAGCAUUUUACCCACUGUUGGUUAAGGUGAGGAUUAAGGGAGGGGAAGCUGAUCCUAGAUCUGUACUUCAGGGAAAUUUUACUCUGGCGUUAGGGGAGGCGGAGACAUAUGCAAGCAAACACACAAGCUCAAGCACACAUACACUUGCAAACAGACACUCAUAAGCAAACACACAAGAGAAAGGGUGCACACACGAGAGGCUGGUGGGAGGAGCUAUAGUAGGAUGGGCUCAUUGUAAUUAAUGGCUUUAUGAUUAGUCUUUAUAAUGAGCGCGUCCUCCUAUAGCGCUUCCACCAGCCUCCUCUGGCACACACACAGUGCAAGCAAAUGCAGGCACACACUCACACACACAAACACUCACACACACACACACACAAACACUCACACGAACGCACAUAAAUGUGGACUCAUACUGCAUCCUCAAAAACAAAAUGAUUAUUAUUUGUGACUACAGUAAACUACAGUGAAAUAGACUACAUAAAAAAUUGACUACCUAAAAAACUACAAAAUAGACUUCAUAAAAACUAAAACUACAGUAAAAUAGUUCUCAUAUACAUCAACUAUACUAUGCAGUCUUAAUUUAUCAGGGUUGAGGUCACUUUCAAUUCACUUCCUGAAUUGACUCAAUUGAAAUGGAAUUAACCCCAACCCCCAUGUCACUUAAUUUCAAACCCAUUAAGGAAUAUACAAACUGCUGUCUCAAAGAUGGAAUCUUCAUAGAAGAGAAGAAAACAAACAUUAUUCAGGUUGCAGAUAGAGAUAUAGUGUAUAGAACUGCAAUUACUCCCUAUUCUACAGUCCACAUAACCCUAUCUAUUCUACUCAACACAUUUCUAUCUGACCAUUGUGUAACAAUUCACCCUCCUGAAUAGAGCCCCUAGCCGGAUUCACAUUGGAGUGUAUGAUGUCACUGACUGCUUUUACUCAUAAAGCCACUUAGCCUGAGAAGCAGAUUAGAUGGUGUUUCCUGUCAGUAGCUGUAGCUGCUCCAUAGAGUUGGAUAGAGGGUGCACGUGGCCCAAACAUUGUUUUAGCAUGGGCACAGCGAUAUCAAGAGCUUUCUUCAUUUUGAAGUAGUCAACUGGGUGGGACUUGCAAUGGCUUAAGGAAGGAUCCCAGAAUUAUAUCCAGGUUGGCAGAAGGGGUCAGCCAAUGAAUUAUAUUCCUGAGCAAACAUCCCAUAAUGGCAGGUGGCAGUACAUCACCAACCAUGGCUUUAUACCUCCAGACUAUACACACUCCAGCACAUUAGGUGGUGCUAUGCACCUUUUCAGUUAAUUUAGAAACGGACAAUUCACUCUUAGAUGUAGAGGAAGAGGCGAUUGUCUACUUUAAAAUGGAGACAGCAUAGCCCUCAAUGGCACUGCCCAUGCUGACACAGAAGCAGCCAUUGCAAAGAUAUUAGCUUUCUAAUGCAUCUCUAUGAGAUUCCUCAGGACAUUACGUCGUCUUGUAUUAAUGGUCUCCUCCCAGCCUAUCGCAUGUGUGGUGGCCACUGGCACCGGGUAAUCAGCUGAUUAAGAACCAUGUGUUGUAUGCAGGGAGCUAAAGUACGAGGGACAACACACACACACACACACACACACACACACACACACACACACACACACACACACACAGGGAGUAGGAGAGAAAACAACAGAUCAGCUGACAGAUGAAUGGAGAUAUGGCCUGGAUCAUCACCAAAGGGUUCAAUAUUCAGUGGUCAACAAUUUAAAGUCUCAAAUUCUGAAGAAAACUGUUGUGAUUUUUGAUACUCAUCCAAAAGCCCAAAUCUGACGCCAUCUAAUGUAGAUACUGUACUUUUACAUAACAGUGAUUUAGAUUGUUCUGUUGUCUGGUCUACCCACUCUAACUUUACGUUCCCUGGCCAGUGAAUGGCACAUAUGAAACCAUGCAAUGCUUAAUGUCAAUUUGAAUUGAAUUGAUAUUACCAUCAUUCUAUCCAUUCUAAUUACAGUACAUCCCCCACCUCCCCCGUCUCCUCUCUCCCUCCCUUUCUCAGUGGCUGGGCUCGCCAGCCAUGCAGCACCAGAGACGGACGCUGUGUGGUGACGUCAUCUGCUUCCUGUUCAUCACGCCGUUGGCCAGCCUAUCAGGAUGGCUGUGUGUGCAGGGCGCCAUGGACUUGUAUUACAGUAACAGUAUGGAGGCUGUUGGACUCAUGGUGCUCACCCUGGCUCUCUUCACCAUCUACUGCUUCUGGACUGUGGUGAGUUGUUGGGGCUAUUGUGGGUUGGGGUUACAUUGGGAUUGUGUAUAGCAGUGGAGGCUGGUGGGAGGAGCUAUAGGAGGACAGGCUGGAAUGGAAUGAAUGGAACGGUAUCAAACACAUCAAACAUCUGGAAACCACAUGCUUGACUCCGUUCCAUUAAUUCCAUUCCAGCCAUUACAAUGAGCCCGUCCUCCUAUAGCUGCUCCCACCAGCCUCCACUGGUGUAUAGUGUAGUGGUGGAACCAUAUAAAUAGAAUGACUAAUAAUACUAUAAUUAUUAAAGGGAUAGUGCAAAAAAAUUUAUACUUCCCCAGAGUCAGAUGAACUCAUGGAUACCAUUUUUAAGUCUCUGUGGCCAGUAUAAAGAAAGUUAGAGGUAGUUUCACCAAUGCUAACUAGCGUUAGCGCAAUGACUGAAAGUCUAUGGGAUCAGGUAGCUGAUUGCCCUAACGCUAGCUGAUCCCAUAGACUUCCCGUCAUUACUAUCCAUCAGAGAUGAUAGAGAAAGUGAAACAUCCAACAGGCUCAUUUUAUUCUGGGUGGGCGAGGUAAAUAAGUAGACUAGAGCCGGCUGUUGUUGGGCAGUUUCCCAUAAAAAACAUUUUUCAAGGUUCCUGUAUGUGUAAGUGAACGUUCCCUUACCUGUGUACGCUCACGCGGAAAGCAUGCUCAAGCGAGAGGGGAAACGGCCACUUACACAGACAGGAACCAAUGAUUAACGGCCUUUUUGCGACAUCUUCACUAUCCACCAUCUUUGCUGUCCAUUUUCUUCAGUUUGGUGCCUAAUCAGCAUGGCCCUGGUUGGGGAAGUAAACAAACACAGCUUGUAUAAGUGAAGUCACCUGUGUUAUAAUUAAAGGGGAAGUUACGUAUUUUACAACUUAAUGUUAGCUGGUUCCUCACCCUGAAGGUAGUCUAUGCACCAGGAGAGAUUGUAAUCCAUGGUUCUGUUUUCUGUAAACAGCCACUACAAACUUCAGCUGACUUAAAGGGAAAUUUCCCCAUUUUCCAUCGUCAUAUUCAUCAUCUCCAGCACCACCCCUACAUCAACACAUGUGAAAAUGGUGUGUUUCUAUGUUUUGUAGUAAAAAAGAUAGAGGAAGAUAAGCAUUUCCAAAGACAUCAUCGGUGUGCGUCCUGUGAUUUUAACCAAUUAUGAGUAGGCAUUGCCUACUAAUUGUCUACCAAUUGGUUGAUGUCAUUGGAAACUCUUAUCUUCCUCAAUCUUUUUUAAUGCAAAACAUAGAAAUGCGCCAUUUUCACAUAUGUUGAUGUUUGGGGUGGUGCUGGAGUGAAUAUGAAGUUGAACAUUUUAGAAAUGUCCCUUUAAGCCACUGUCUGGUAAAAAUCAACUCCUCUCUUCCACCACCAGGUGUCACUGCGCUAUCACAUCCACCUGUUCAGGACGUGGAAACAGACAGACCAGAGAGUAAGGCUACAAAUCCCCCGACCGGCACGGACCAUGCACACACACCACACACUGAACCUCAGCUUCCUUAGCAAGGACACCAGAAAGGAGACUGUGGUGUAG